AUGGAUCUUACAACCAUCCAGAGGCUGAUAGAUCCGCAGCCCAGCACCCAGUCUUGUGGGAAGGAGAUAGGCGGCGAGGUGCAUGUCAGCAGUGGGAAGAUGGAUAAAGAGAGUGGGAAGGGAGAGGUGGUUGGAGACUGGGAGACUGGCAAGAUCGGACACCCCCUGACAAGAUCGGACACCACCCGGCAAGAUCGGACACCACCUGACAAGAUCGGACACCACCCGGCAAGAUCGGACACCACCCGGCAAGAUCGGACACCCCCUGACAAGAUCGGACACCACCCGGCAAGAUCGGACACCACCCGGCAAGAUCGGACACCACCCGGCAAGAUCGGACACCAGCCGGCAAGAUCGGACACCAGCCGGCAAGAUCGGACACCACCCGGCAAGAUCGGACACCACCCGGCAAGAUCGGACACCACCAGGCAAGAUCGGACACCCCCUGACAAGAUCGGACACCACCCGGCAAGAUCGGACACCACCCGGCAAGAUCGGACACCACCCGGCAAGAUCGGACACCACCCGGCAAGAUCGGACACCACCCGGCAAGAUCGGACACCCCCUGACAAGAUCGGACACCACCCGGCAAGAUCGGACACCACCCGGCAAGAUCGGACACCAGCCGGCAAGAUCGGACACCACCCGGCAAGAUCGGACACCACCCGGCAAGAUCGGACACCACCCGGCAAGAUCGGACACCACCCGGCAAGAUCGGACACCACCCGGCAAGAUCGGACUCCCCCUAACAAGAUCGGACACCACCCGGCAAGAUCGGACACCACCCGGCAAGAUCGGACACCACCCGGCAAGAUCGGACACCACCCGGCAAGAUCGGACACCACCCGGCAAGAUCGGACACCACCCGGCAAGGUCGGACACCACCCGGCAAGGUCGGACACCAGCCGGCAAGAUCGGACACCAGCCGGCAAGAUCGGACACCAGCCGGCAAGAUCGGACACCAGCCGGCAAGAUCGGACACCACCCGACAAGAGCGGACACCACCCGGCAAGAUCGGACACCACCCGGCAAGAUCGGACUCCCCCUAACAAGAUUGGACACCACCCGGCAAGAUCGGACACCACCCGGCAAGAUCGGACACCCCCUGACAAGAUCGGACACCACCCGGCAAGAUCGGACUCCCCCCUAACAAGAUCGGACACCACCCGGCAAGAUCGGACACCAGCCGGCAAGAUCGGACACCAGCCGGCAAGAUCGGACACCAGCCGGCAAGAUCGGACACCAGCCGGCAAGAUCGGACACCACCCGACAAGAUCGGACACCACCCGGCAAGAUCGGACACCACCCGGCAAGAUCGGACACCACCCGGCAAGAUCGGACACCACCCGGCAAGAUCGGACACCAGCUGGCAAGAUCGGACACCAGCUGGCAAGAUCGGACACCAGCUGGCAAGAUCGGACACCAGCUGGCAAGAUCGGACACCAGCUGGCAAGAUCGGACACCGGCUGGCAAGUUCGGACACCAGCUGGCAAGAUCGGACACCACCCGGCAAGAUCGGACACCACCCGGCAAGAUCGGACACCACCCGGCAAGAUCGGACACCACCCGGCAAGAUCGGACACCACCCGGCAAGAUCAGACACCACAACCACUGACGCUCACCUUACAGCCAUCUAGUGGAACGAAUUAA